UAUUAAUAACGAUGUUUUGAUUUGCUUUAAGUCUAAGACGUGACAAAAUAAUUAUAAAAAAUUAAAAUAUAUAAGUAAAUAUUUGCAGCGAUAAUUGAUGCCAUUGCGCCAACAUAUUCAUUUGAUAAUUGGUUUAAAGAAGUAUUUAAAAAAUCAAUAUACUUGUUAUUGUUUAUGUAAUUGUUCAAAUUAUUAGUUUAAAUCAUACGAGAUGAACGUUUACGAAAGUGUUGUAAGAGGUACUCAAGCUAGUCGGUUAAUACUCAUUGAAGAUUCAUAUUUAGCUAAAGGACAGUUUCUAUUACAUCUUAUAUCAGCAAAUCGUAAAUCUUACAACAUUCAUGUACUUUGUUAUGAAAAUUUAGUGCCCAAAUACCAAACUUUAUUUCCUUCUUUGUCUAAUAUUCAAUACCAUGAUUGUAUGACUAACAUUUUGUCUUUAAAUUUAAGUAUGUAUGAAACUGUUUCAAAUAUAAUUGAAAAAUCAACCAGAAAUAUAGUCAUUUUUAUUGAUUCAUUAUCUCUAUAUUUACUUAGAACUGAAUUCAGUAAAGCAUAUAAAGAAUUAUUGGAUAUCACAUCAUCAGAUAAAUUUUCUAAAAUUGUACAAUGUGUGGCAGUGAUACACAAUGAUGUAACAGAACUUAAUCAAAUUGAACACUUGAAAAACAUAUGUAAGACUCAUGUACAAGUACAAAGUACUAACAAUCCGUUACUUUUAAAGCUAAGAUUAGAACAUAAAAGGUCAAAUGGUAAAUGUGUAGUUCAGAAAUUAAAAGGUGAAUUAAAAUCUGAUUGCUCAUUUAAACUAAUAAAUGACUUGCCGCCUCAAAAAGUCGUAGAAGAUAAAGGCAUACCAACAAAUUUAGCUAGUUUUAAAUUAGAUUUGCAAGACAAUGAGAAGAAAGCCAAGGAAGAAUUAAUUUUACCUUAUACUCUCGUGCAAAAUACAUCCAAUACUGGUGGAAUGAUUCAUUAUGUUCCAGAUGAAGCAGAUGACUGGGAUGAGGAAGAUCCGGAUGAUGACUUAGAAAUAUAACAUCAUAUGAUAUAGUUUAUAAAUUGUGUUAUGCAAAUAAAAUAUGUAUGCAUUUUGUUAUGAUAA